AUGCGGUCUCUCCUCCAGCUGAGCGGCCUGCUCGGCAUAUUGACAUUUACCACCGCCGAGCACUGGACGCCCCGCAAUGCAAAUCACAUCUUCAAUGCCAUCCACGCCUCAAUGCGCCAAUGGGGCUCUUCGCUACAUCACAAUGGCAUGUCCUUCUUUCUAGCUAGUGUCCCUGCGGGCACGCAAUUCUUCCACGGGACCGACAAGUCGACCCCCGUGAUCGGGACCGAGUGGCUCGCUUUCGAGCCGGAACAUGCAAUGGUCUUCGCCGGGAUGCAUAGACCGCCUCGUGGUCGCCCACCAAACUAUGGUGAUGAUGAUGACGAUGAUAAUGAUAGCCCGAGUCAUCGCCAAGAGCUUCGUCGGCGAGAGCCCCAUCAUACCAGCCCUGACGACGCCGCCGACGAGGAUGCAGGCUAUCUACACACCUACGCAGCGGCCAAGGAUCUGCGUCUUUUGUACAUUGAUGGAAUGUCUGCCGGAAAGACGGCGAAGGGGACUCUUGACUCCCAAGACGUGCUUCUUUUCAACGGCUCUCUUGAGGAUGCCCCUAGAAACCCAGGUCCAGGACCAGGCUCGGAAGGCGAACGCGCUAGACUAGCCUGUGAGUUGGCGCAGGAUACUUGGGGAGGUCGUAUUGACGGCGUGCUCCGUAUGGAAGCAGGGUUCGAGGUUAUUUUGUGUGCUUUCGAGCGCGACCUGGUUCCCGUGCGCAUCACCCAGGUCAAGCCCAGGUCAAGAGAAGGGGACGAAGGCAGACACGGUCCUAAUAACGAUGAGCACUCCGGGCCAAGGGCCGACGACGGCAAAAGGAGAAAAGGCCCUGGGUCCGGGGGUCCACGCGGCUCCGUGACCUGGAUGCGCGCCAUCGCUGACCGGUACCAUAGCAUUGGAGGCAGCCGUGUAUCCUUGAAUUACGAUAACUUCGUGACUGCCUUCGCAUACGACGUAGACCUAUUCUCAUCAGACUCAACUCUGCCACGACUGACGGAUCUCUCCCAGUCGGAACUAGAUUCCAUCCGCCAGGAUCUAACUAGUCUUAUUAUGAACCACGAAGCCGCGGAACCUUCGUGGAAUUGGCAAACAACAGCAGAUAUGCUUGUUACGCGGUAUAGCGACCAGCUGUCAUACUACAUGUCGGGCAAGAUCAUUAGCCUGGAGGAUCUCCAUACUGAGAUCGAGCGACUGCUUGCUCCUUUCAUCGACUAUGGAGACCGGAACACCGAGCUCGAGACUGAUCGCUGCGCCAUGCACUCCAUGCCGCUUCGGGCCAAUAUGUCAACAUUGGCUGCGCGAGCAGUGCACAGUGUUGCACGGACUACUUGUGGGACGUUGUUGGCUGUAUGGGAAACACAAGACUUAAAACUAGCUGUCGAGAAGAUCCAAGGGCUCGUCGACUAUCUGGCCUGGACCACGUGGAAGGAAUGUCGUGGCUGUGCAGAUAAUGAGAUCUGCGUCGUGCCUAUCUGGCCGAUGGGGAGUGUGGAGGACUACGAACAUCCACAGUGCAGAAAUGCAUCCAAUCCAUACGAUGGCGAAGGCGAAAGCUACUGGGGCGGACUGCAUCGGUGA